AUGAACUUCAACCGCAACUCAAACAUAACAAAGUUAAUGGACAUCAUAUUGUGUCUUGAAGCCCUUGAAGACCUAGAUGCUGCAGACCAACAGGAUAUUCCCAGAAGAUGCAUCACUGACAGGAUGAAUCUUUCCCAUUCUCUGCAUGAUGAGGAGUUCAUCAAAAGAUUCCACUUAUCAAAAACAACAGCACUCAAUUUACUAGACACGCUACAGAUUCAAGAAACUCGAGAUGGGAGAGGAUCACCAGUACCACCCCACCUACAGCCGUUAAUUACAUUGCGAUGGAUGGCCACUGGUAGCUUCCAGUUAACUAUUGCUGACACUUUUGACAUUUCACAACAACUUGUGAGCAACUGCACAGCCAAAAUUGUCCGAGCCAUUGCAUCUCUGCUACAAGAUUAUGUGAAACGACCAUCGAGAGAACAUUUUUCUAACAUCAGGAAUUAUUAUUUUGAAAUGUCUGGUUUUCCUGGGGUAUUGGGUGCAGUUGACUGCACACAUAUACCUAUCCAGAGUCCUGGAGGUGCUAGGGCAGAAGAGUUCAGGCAGCUUGUGGACCAAAUUCAGAAUUUUUUGACUUUGUGUGUCGUUGGCCUGGCUCUGUUCAUGACAGCAGAAUAUUUAAUAAUAGCAGAUUAUUUUUUGAUCUUCAACAUGAUCUGCUAG